GAGUGGUCACUAGCCAGUCGGAUUUAUAUAUUGUAUGCCUCUGCCUUGCUAGCUCAGUGCCACAUACUCGCACACUCCUCCCGGCCGGCAUGGCUGCUCUCUCGUCACCUCUCCUCAUCUCCAUCCUGGUGGUCCUCGUCGCCACCGCCACCACAACCCAAUGCCGCCCUCAGAAGCACCACCGCCAUGCCGCCAAGCCCACCCUUGCACCGCUGGCCGCCGUCCACGCCAUCUGCGGCACCACCCCGCACCCGGCGUCCUGCCUCGCGUCGGCCGCCGUGCACCUCGACGCCGCCACGGCCCAUCUCCUGGCGUCGUCCAUCACCGUCCCCCUCCUCCCCGCGAACAUCCUCUCGGUCGCGCUCGCCUCCCUCCGCGGCGCGCUCUCGGCCGUCUCCUCCCUCUCCCCCGCCCUCUCCUCCACGCUCUCGGCCCCGUCGUCCUCGACAACGCCGCUCCGGCGCGGCGCCGCGCAGGACUGCCUCGAGCUCCACGACGCCACGCUCAGCUCCCUCUCGCGCUCCGCGUCGCUGCUCGCGUCCCCCGGCGAGGGCCUCCCCUCGGUGCGCGCGCACCUGUCGGCCGCGCUCACCAACAAGGCCACCUGCCUCGACGGCCUCGCCGGCGCCUCCGGCCCGCGGAUGGACGGCCUCCUCGCCUCCCUCGACGACGCCUACGAGCACGUCUCAAACUCGCUCUCCCUCGUCGCCCGCGGCGGCGGGGCCAGCUUCCAAGCCACGGUGGCCAAGAUCAUCCACCACAACCGGCGCCUGCUCCAGGACGACGAAGACAGUGACGGGGACGACGACGACAACAGCCGCGACGAGAACGACGACGACGGAAACGGCCGCAAUGGCAACGACGACAACGGCAGCAGCGAUGGCAACAACGAUAGCGGCGAGACGGUGAUCACGGUGGCCAAGGACGGGUCGGGGAACUUCCGGACGGUGGGGGAAGCGGUGGCCGCGGCGCCGAACAACAGCGAGGCGAGGACGGUGAUCCAGGUGAAGGCCGGGACGUACGUGGAGAACGUGGAGGUGCCCCCGUACAAGACGAACAUCGCCCUCGUCGGCGAGGGCCGCGACGUGACGGUCAUCACCGGCAGCCGCAGCGCCGCCGACGGCUGGACCACCUUCCGCACCGCCACCGUCGGGGUGUCCGGCGAGGGGUUCCUGGCGCGGGACAUGGCGUUCCGGAACACGGCGGGCGCGGCGAGGGGGCAGGCGGUGGCGCUGCGGGUGAACGCGGACAUGGCGGCGGCGUACCGCUGCGCCGUCGACGGCCACCAGGACGCGCUCUACGCGCACUCCUUCCGGCAGUUCUACCGCGAGUGCACCCUGUCCGGCACGGUGGACCUCGCCUUCGGCAACGCCGCCGCGGUGCUCCAGGCGUGCGCGCUCGUCGCCGGCGCGCCGGUCCCCGGCCAGUCCAACGUGCUCACGGCGCAGUCCAGGGCCGACCCCAACCAGGACACCGGCUUCGCCGUGCACAACUGCACUGUGGAGGCCUCGCCGGAGCUGCUCGCCGGCGGCGUCAGCACCCGCACCCGCACCUUCCUCGGCCGGCCGUGGGGCGCGUACGCGCGGGCCGUGGUCAUCGGGUCGUACCUGGGCCCGCUCGUGGACCGCGACGGGUGGACGGGCUGGCCCGGCGCGGAGCCGGGCCGCGCAGACACGGUCUACUUCGGGGAGUACGGGAACGAGGGGCCCGGCGCCGGCACGGACGGGCGCGUGGGCUGGGCCGGGUUCCACGAGAUGGGCUACGACGAGGCCGCCCAGUUCGCCGUCGACAAGUUCAUCUACGGCGACGACUGGCUCGCCGCCACCUCCUUCCCCUACGACCAAGGCAUCUGAACUACGCGGGGUCUGCAGAAUUCAGAGGCUAAUCUUGAGCCGUUACUGCGUUAAAUUCCGGUGAGAUGUUCAGUAAGUUCUGUUGAAUCCGUCUGUGUCAUGAACACAUUAUCCAACUGAAUCAGAUGAUUUUUGGAUCUGUUAAGACUUAAGCGUGCAAUCAAUCAGCAGUUUUUACCA